UUUCUUCCUUUUAUUUUCUUCUUGAAAGAUUGCUAACUGAUGUUAUAUAAAUGCUUUGUCACUAUAGCUUGAGUACAAGCCAGGGCAAGCCAUUACCUUGUCUUUGUAUGUGGGUUGUUUUGAGCACACAAAGCCAAAAAGAUCUUUGGCUUUUAAAGGACUCCUGUCUUACUUUCAUUGAUCCAUCCUUCAAAGCUCAUCUCUUGUGCCCGGUGCCCUGGUGUUUGACAAGGCUGAUUUUUCUGAUGAUAUAUUCUGCUCCCAUUUUAAAAUUUAUUCUUUAGCUCCACCUCCUGGCUCUUGGUCUGUGAAAAGGAGGAUCCUUGGGAAUCACAGAGCUUCAAGAGGGGAUCAGAACUUUUCAUCCUAGUCUACAAAUAUUAAGGAACUGCUCAAGAAGUAGAGGAAUAGAUCUUAGUCAUCUGGAUUUAAGAAGAAACAUGUCUCUUCCACGACAGCUGCGAGAAAAGAGUGAUUUUGACCAGCUUCCAGAUGAUGUACCUGUUUCAGCUAAUAUUGCAGAUAUUGAAGAGAAGAAAGGCUUUACUAAUUACUAUAUGUUUGUCAUUGAAGUAAAGCUUAAAGGUGGUGGCAGAUAUCUGAUUUUCCGUCGUUAUCGUGAGUUCUAUGCCCUGCACACCAAACUAGAGGAGAGAUAUGGUCCAGAGAGCAGUAACAGCCCAUUUACCUGCACACUGCCUGUUCUGCCAGGAAAAGUUUUUGUUGGUGCCAAAAAGGAAAUUGCUGAGAACAGGAUUCCUAUCCUAAAUGUCUACAUGAAGAACCUGCUCUGCCUCCCUGCUUGGGUGUUGAUGGAUGAGGACGUUCGGCUCUUCUUCUAUCACUCAGCCUUUGAUGGUGAGCAGGUGCCUCACAGACUGAGGCGGCUUCGCCCACGGACACGCCGAGUGGGUCUGUCCUCCAUAGCAGCACUGACACCCCUUUGGAGAUCUGCUAAUAAGAGCAUUUCAGAUCAAGUGCCUAUUUUUGACCGCACCGCAGCUCCACGGGCUGAGGCACUGUUUGAUUUUCCUGGAACCAAUAAACUGGAACUCAGCUUCAAGAAGGGAGAUUUGAUCUAUCUACUCAGCAAAGUAAACAAAGACUGGUUAGAGGGAACUGCUGAUGGUGCCACUGGGAUUUUCCCAUCUGCUUUUGUGAAGAUCAUAAAAGAUUUACCGCAGAAGGAAGAAACCAUUAAUAAAGUUCGCUGUUAUUACUAUGAUGAAACUGUGAGCACUGUCAGGGAUAUCUCAGUGGAUGAGGAUCUGAGCAGCAUUCCAUCAUUCAAAGAUCUAAUGGCAUUGAUAAGGCAGGAGUUUAACCAAGAUGACAUUGUUUUGAAUUACCGGGACCCCGAUGGUGAUCUGAUCCGCUUGCUCUCUGAUCAGGAUGUUGAACUCAUGGUGUCUCAGAGCAGAAGAAGUCCCUCUGAGAAGCACUUUUUCCCUUGGAAGUUGCACAUCACUCACAAAGAUGACUUGGGUGUCUACAACACUAACCCAGGAACAGGUGCUACUCAAACAGUAGGAGCAGUAUAAGUGCUAUAUAGAUAUCUCUCUCUGCAGGCAAUUUCCUUCAACACGUCUUUGAAGUGUCCUUGAAAUGAGUAAUUUUUAGUAAUAUAUUGCCUUUCAGUGUAAAAUCUGUACUUAGUUAACUUCUUCAGCUUUUUAGCACUCAUCUGCAGUAGAGACAUCUUACAUAGAGACCAGAGAAAAUGAGGAAUAGAGAAAUAAAAUCACGGGCCAUGUUCACAAAGUUAGUCUGCAAUAGAGGUCUCCUGAGCCCCUAGACCUGCUCUAGUCUCUGUUCUCACUCCCAAGGCUAAUCAUUUGUCCAGAAUGUAUUCAUAAACUUUUUUUUUUCUGGACUCCCAUAAAUUUCAUUUGCUUAUCUGAAGGUUUGUGUGCCACUGUGUAAUUAUUUAUCUCAUGUUGGAGUCUGACUGGAUGUUCAGAAUUUGUCCUAGGAGCAUCAAGAAAAUUUUUUUAGAUUUCAGUGAAGAAAUUGCAGGUCAUCUUAGCUUUCUUCUUUUCCACUGACCAGUAUAUUGAUUUCUGUGAAUCAAACCUAGUACCCCUGUGGUGUUUUGUAUAGACCUUUAUAUAAUUGUACAGUCUACUUAUUUUCAUGUUCUGGGAAAAUGUGUAGGAUGUCUAGUCAAACAGCAAUUUCUUCUCUAUCUUCUGCUUUGUGACACUGCAAUUCAAAGUAUAACUAACAAGAAAUUACUGUAUCAGAUUCUUCAAUAAAUAAAGUUCAUAAAUUUUUA